AUGCCCAGGUGCUCCUUCUCCUUGCCUUGUAGGAGCCUCCUCUUUUGGGCGAGCACUCUUGCCAGUUUCCCGACUCUUGAGGCCCACACGGAGCCUCGUAAACGAGCCUUCAAUCGUGCCUGCCGACGCGCGGCUGCCAGUCCACUUCUUGGUACUAACUAUCGUGGUCGAUGGUGUAGUGUUAAGGAUCUACUUGGCAAACGUCGGACGCCCCCGGCGCAGGUGCGGGCAUCGCGUCAUACUCUGCCGAUUCAGUCCAACGAUAGUGCACGUCUCAAACUUGUCACUUACAAUGUUGGUGGCUUGUCACAGGUGGCGUAUGCGGAACUUCUUCAGUUUCUGCAGGGACUCCCAGAGCCACAUCGUCCCGAUCUGGUCCUCUUACAGGAGACUCAUUGGAAGGAGGACUCUGAGUUCGACACCCCUGGUUGGCGUGUUAUUAGCUCCAGCACUAAAUCGCCCCAAGCUGGUGGAGUUGCUGUCUUGAUCUCACAAUCUCUUUGUGAUGCUGGGGACAUAUUGCAUACCUCCCCUGUUCCAGGAAGGGUGCAACAUGUUAGACUGACUCUUGAUGGUGCCAUUGUUGAUGUUGUCAACAUCUACCAGAAAAUUAUGACGACCUCCCUUGCUCCGGCAGAGAAAGGUUCUGUUCCGGGCACUACGGCGCGCACUAUUCGGCGCGAGGUGUGGUCUUCCAUUCAGCGUCUUCUUCGGUCUCUUCCGAGCCGACAUGUUGUCAUCAUGGCAGGUGAUUUUAAUACGCCUCUGCUGCCAAUGGCCAAGCGGGUUGGUGCUCGAGCGUCCUUUUGUCAUGCUACUCGUCCUCAGGAUGUGAACGAGUUAGCUGACAUCAUUGCCGAUCAUGAUCUUCUUCAUCUCAACUCGUGGACCAGGUUUGCGAAGCCUACAUACCGUAAUGGAUCGCACUUCUCACUUAUUGAUCACAUCUUUGUACGCAAGGUGGCUUCCAUCUCCCGGUCUGUGUCAGCUGUCGCUUGCCAGAUGUUCGUCAACUUGCUAGAUCUCGUGGCCCCAGAUCUUGUGUUUUCCCUGGCAAAGUACAGCAUCAACGUGUUGUUCCAUGGCAGGCACCACAGGUUUCGGAAGGCGCAUCGUGCUUUCCGUCGCGCCACUAGGGACGCCAAAGUUGCCUGGCUGCGUACUCAGGUGGCUUGCAUGGAGCAAAGCGCGCGCAAAGGCGACACUCGCGCUCUUUUUCAGUUGGCCAGUCGUAUUUGUCCGAAGCAGCGACGCAAAACUUUGCAAUUACGUGGUGCCCAGGGACAAAUUCUCUCGCAUCCAGAGCAAGUUGAGGUGCUCAGGUCCUUUUAUACCGAUCUCUACACGUCGGGGCAUCAGGAUUCACCGUCUCUGUCUGAUCCUCUGCGCUCUGACUGCUGUGAUGGUCUCUUCGCUUGUCUGAAUCCUGAAUUGGUGACUCCUGCCUUACGGCGUCUCUCGCCGCACAAGGCUGCGCCAGCGCAUCUUGCCCACACUUCGAUCUGGGUGGCCUGCUCAGCCCAACUGGGUCCCUGGUUGGCAAAUACCCUCCGAAAGGCGACUAGCAUUCCACAGCUCUGGAAGGACACGUGGCUGUCUCUUUUACCCAAGGUUUCGGCGCCCACUCUGCCUCGUCAGCUGCGUCCUCUUGGCAUUUCUGAGAUAUCCGGACGUGUUGUCUGUGGUUUAAUCCAACAUCAGCUCAGGCCACAUGUGAUGGCGUUUCUCAGCCAACAUCCUCAGUAUGCGUAUCUCGUGGAUCGAGCCACGGACCAGGCACUGAUACGCGUGCUCCUUCAUUGUAAGGCGUUUGAUCGCUUGGAGUGGCCGCUCAUCAGUGACUCGUUGAAGGAGGCUGGCGUGCCCAGCGACCUUUACCAUCUCAUCAUAAGGGAGUGCGGCAAGGAUGCCGCAUC